AUGAAUUCUCCAAACGAAUCUGUUUGUGUUCAAUUUACAAUGAACAUGAUACCAGUGAAUCACGAACAUUCGGCUUAUGAUGAAUUGCAAAGAAUCUGGCCAAGACCACAUGUAUUAACCAUUAGUGAAAACGAAUUAACCAAACCAGCGCAUGAUUCUCGAAACGCUGUGAAACAUCGAAAAAAUCCCAUAUCUUUCUCACCUCCAAGACCACUCAAUGCAUUUCUCCUAUAUUUAAAAGAUUUUUAUGCGAAGCUAAAAUCAGAUGGUGUGAUAUUAGAUAAUGAAGCGAAUAAAAAAAUGUCGAGCAUCGCCUCUAAAGUUUGGAAACAACAACCACCAUCAGUUCAUUACUAUUUUACUGUUCUUGCUAAAGUAGCGAAAGAAGAGCACAAUAAAUUAUACCCCGGUUACAAAUAUAAACCUAGAAAGCCUAGGAACAACGGAAAUAAACGCGUUUCUAAAAAAGCAAACCAAUUUACACCUGAAAAUAAACGCGUUUCUAAAAAAGAAAACAAUAAUAUUGAAGCCGAAUUAGUUUUUGAAAUUGAACGAUCUCAGAAUAAUCUUCCUCUUUAUGAGAGAACUUCUCCUGUAGACAUCGAAUGUGAUAACAUCACAACUCCGCCUAAAGAUGUCGAAUUUUCUUACGCUGAAUCUUUAGCGAGUCCAGAAAGUGUUAAUAUUAAUGAUUUAAACAACGACGAAUGGUUCGAUAAAUAUAUCAAUUAUCCAUUAGUUUCCGAGUUUGUUUUAUGA